UAUCCAGUUGCCAGCUUUCUGUCACAGAUAUUUAUAGCUCUUCCUAAGUAGAUACUCUGGUCGGCAAUAUUUUUACGUAGGAAGUCACCUACAGAGGGACACUACGUCACCCCACUUUGCGUGCUUCACACUAUUAAUUACCUCAAACUACUAUGCCGGAACCCAUACGCGGGAGCGAAGAGGGACCUCCACUGCCCCAUUUGUGCGAGACUUGUCGAGUUAUUGACUUCAAAUCGUUUUUCAUUAAGACCAAAGAUGCGCAUGUCUCCCAAGAGCCAGAGGAACAAGCCAAAGAGAUCGCGAAACUGGGCUAUUUGGAAGAUAUAAUCAGCCGGUCAUCGAAAUGCGAAUUUUGCAGCCUCUUGAUCUCUUGUGCAAGACGUCUUAAUGAUGGCAAAGAUCCACCGACUUCGCAAGGACGCAAUCGAGUUGAAGUGGAACUGGAUCAGCAGUUCUUGUGUACUGUUGGUCCGCUGGAUUGGGAGGGACAGCAGGUGCAGAAGCUCGAUGUUUCCCGUCUGAUUGUCAAUUUUGAGCCCGCAAUCUUUGGAUUCUUCUCCAAGAUCCGAUUUCAAAUUCACAAGGAAGACAACGAUAUUCCUGGAUUUGGGCGAUUGAUGAGCUCAAGCAUUGAUUCAGAGCAGCUGAAAAGCUGGCUGCAUACUUGCCAGGAACACCAUGGUGCUGACUGCCAUGCUCCCGAGUGGUUCGGUGAACCUUCACAGCCUACGUUUCUCAAAGUCAUUGAUGUGGAAAAGCACUGCGUGGUUGCAGCACCCCCGGAUUGUCGGUAUGUAGCUCUGAGUUAUGUUUGGGGAGAUCUGAAGGAGAUGGGUUCUCAACGGUGGCUCAUGAAAACGGCAAAUGUCGACGAGAGUCGAUUGAAUAAUGGUUUGGACCUCGACUUAUUACCUAGGACGAUCACGGACGCGAUGGCACUCGUCUCGCAGAUCGGGGAGAGGUAUCUCUGGGUGGAUGCCCUUUGCAUCGUGCAAGACGAUUUCAAAGAGCUUGCAGAACAAACGUCGCAGAUGGAUCUUAUCUAUGCUUGUGCUCUGGCAACAAUCAUCAUGGCCACAGGUGCAAGUGCAGAAGCAGGCAUGCCAGGUGUCAAAAUCCCAAGACCAAUAUCGCAAACGAAAAUAAACAUCGGCAAUGGGUAUCAUCUCAUGGAGACAGUUGCCCAAGGUAAUUCCAGUCACCUACAACACUCGGUUUGGAACUCCCGAGGAUGGACUUUCCAAGAAAGACUUCUUUCUCGUCGAGCCUUGAUAGUCACCCCUGAGCAAGUUUAUUGGGAGUGUGAACAUCAAGUCUUAAAUGAGGAGACUCAUCUAGAAACUGGCACGUCUCUUUGGGUCCUACCUCAAGCGAUGGAUUGCAACGACGAGUGGGAUGACCGGCCAACAAAGUUCUCCAGAGACGCACUAUCAGGUUAUGUCACACGCUACUCAACACGACAAUUCACAUACCAAAAUGAUGUACUUGCCGCCUUUUCGGGAAUUCUUCGCCGUAUGGAGUAUCGGAAUAACCAGAAAUUCCACUGGGCAUUGCCAUACGAUUUGUUCGAUCAGGCGCUUACCUGGAGGUAUGGCAAGAGACGUCGUGAAGAACUUUGUCGAUUGAUUGUGGAAGACGAGUCCUACCAAAUCGGGUUUCCCAGUUGGUCCUGGCUGGGAUGGACUGGGUUCAUUGGUGGGGUCAUCUUCAAUUAUGAACUGGACAACGAGAGGAUCGCGGGCAGGGGUAGAAGUGAGAUUGACUUUUACAGACUGUAUGCCGAUGGCCAUGUGGAGCCGAUUAUUGAUACUACCCAAAGGUCGCUGCGAGCCUCUCACGACAUAUCACCGGAUGCUGAAGACUCCCCGAAGCCCAAAUCUCUUCGUCAAGGCGCAGACUCCAGUCAAAGCCAUCAAUGGAAGAAACCAGUACCAGCGGAGAUUAAAUUCAGCAUAAGAGUUCCUGAACCAAUAAUCAAGCUGCCUGGCCAUGUUGAUCUUGCGCGUGUCGAUACUGGCAGACUUGUAUUCUGGACAAGCCAUGCUCAGCUACAGGUCCAUGCCGCUGAACACGACGAAAUGAGGGUCAAAAUCGCAGGUAGCCAGAUCAAAAUCAGUAUAACCAAUGGCAUUGCAGAAAGAGAGUUCAAUCGAAGAGUACGGGCUGAAAUCGGACAGGCCAAGGACAUAGAGGAGAAUGAGGGCGUUGCACAGAAAAUCAUAUCAACUCACCUCGUGAAGGAAAGGGUCGACGAGGCUACCGUUCCUGAUCUCACAUGGGAGAAAAGUGAAGACAGCGAUUCAAACCACUCACUGGACGGCAUUAACGUUUCGUCUGCUGAUGCGGGGGAAUCUGUUGUUGGCAACGACUCGAACGACUACGAAAGAGUUACAUCUUCUGAGAAGGUACCAGUCUUAAUGGAUUUCGUCGUGAUAUCAAGAUAUUGGCCCGUCGGCAUGCCGCAAUACGACAAAGAAGAGUCGCUGAACUGCCUCAUUGUGGCCUUCAGUGAGACAGAGCCUGAGGUCGCUCGAAGGAUUGGGAGUGCGAUAAUUGUGGAGAAAGAUUGGAUCAAUGCGGACAGGGAGUGGAAGCGCAUCAUGCUGGAAUGAUAUGGGGUCUUGCGUUAUGCUGGUAGAAAUGGUGACGAAUUUUGUCUUCGGAUGAAUGUGAAUUACAACAGGGCCUCUCUACUCUGUCGAUCGAGUUCUCAUGUCCUUCUUACACUAAAUUUAUAUUUGCGACGACAGCCGGUGCCCUUGGCAAGCCAGUGGAAUACCCCGCCAAUUCCUUAGCGAGCAUAACAUCAAUAACGACACUUGGUACUUACAAAACACUACAGAUAAGCAAACAGAAAAUGAAUUGGUUUCAUUAUUCAGAAUUGCGAAACUAGUAAGCUUAAAAUCAUACUUGAGAAACCAUGAACUUGUUUAUGGCGUCCAAGCUAUUCAAUAAUACCUCGGACGGCUUCCUGCUAUCCUGAAAAUAUUCUGUCCGACUGGGAUAAUGUAAAAGCAGAUAACUAUCAC